AUGUCAGCUAGAGCUAUCUCCUCUUCCAUAAGAGGACGAAGUCUCCCUUCGCUCGCUGUAAGAUGGUCUUCAACUACAGCUCCUGCUAAAGGUCCCGCAGCUCCUAAAUCAAUUGACGAUAGUACCUCUGCUUUGGAUUAUAAAAUCCACAAAACAGCAAGGAGACUCCCUCAUUUAGCUACACCUAAUCCUAGAACACCAUCAGCAGAAGAAGCAGUAACGAAUAUCUUGUACAACACCCCUGCUCCUUCGAACGAACCUUACAAGAGACACUUGCUCAACUGUUUGGUCCAAAAUGAACCCGGUGUACUUUCGAGAGUAUCAGGUAUCUUGGCUGGAAGAGGGUUCAACAUUGACUCCCUUGUCGUUUGUCAAACUGAGAUUAGAGAUUUAUCAAGAAUGUGUAUCGUUCUCAGAGGACAAGAUGGUGUUAUUGAACAAGCUCGAAGGCAAUUAGAGGAUUUGGUUCCCGUGUGGGCAGUAUUAGAUUACACUAAAACAUCAGUUGUUGAACGUGAACUUUUACUUGCAAAAGUAUCGAUUUUAGGACCUGAAUUUGCUGAAGCACAAUUACAAUCAUCAACUAUUCCAGAUGCGUCAUUCGAAGCUGCACUUGAACAACAACAACAAAAUCCACCUACAUUCGUCACCAACGAAGGAAGUGGAGAUUCAUCAGCAGCGAAAUUACAACGAGAACAAGCGUUGGCAAGAUCGUUCGAACAUGCAUCAGAUUCUGACAAUAGUCAUGGACAAGGACAUGGGUUAUAUCCAUCAAGAGCGAGAAAUGAAAUAUCAGCUUCAGAAGCUUUAAUAGCUAAAAACUUACAUCUCUCGGCAAUCAAAACUCUUUCAGAACAAUUCGGAGGUAGAGUCGUGGAUGUAGCUGAAAAUUCUGCAAUAGUAGAAUUAACUGCUAAAUCUUCAAGAGUCGAUUCUUUCUUAUCUCUCAUCAGACCUUUCGGUGUUCUCGAAGCGGCCCGAUCAGGUGUCAUGGCUCUCCCCCGAACUCCAAUCCCCCGAUACGGUGAAGAGGACGAUAUCAUAGCUGAGAAAGAGGAGAUUGACGUAUCUUUACUUCCUCCUGGAUAA